AGCCGAGCCGCGCCGGCCCCCGCGGUGAUGAAAGCCGCGGCCGAGUCCAGGUCACGCCGAAGCCGUUGCCCUUUUAAGGGGGAGCCUUGAAACAGCGCCCGGGUUCCAUGUUUGCAUCCGCCUCGCGGGGAGGAAACUCCAUGUUGUAACAAAGUUUCCUCCGCGCCCCCUCCCUCCCCCUCCCCCUUAGAACCUGGCUCCCCUCCCCUCCGAAGCUCGCGGGGAUCCCUCCCUCCCACCCCACCCCUCCCCCCCGCGCCCCGAUUCCGGCCCGAGCCGGGGGGGAGGCCGGGCGCCCGGGCCAGAGUCCGGCCGGAGCGGAGCGCGCCCGGCCCCAUGGACAGCUCGGCCGUCAUUACUCAGAUCACCAAGGAGGAGGCGCGGGGCCCGCUACGGGGCAAAGGUGAGCAGAAGUUAGCGGCUUCUCAGAAGCCCCGGAGCCGGGGCAUUCUCCACUCGCUUUUCUGCUGCGUCUGCCGCGACGAUGGGGAGGCCCUGCCGGCGCACAGUGGGGCGCCCCUGCUGGUGGAGGAGAACGGAGCUGUCCCCAAGACCCCAGCGCAGUACCUGCUCCCAGAAGCCAAGGCCCAGGAUGUGGACAAGAUCUGUGUGGUCAUCGACUUGGAUGAGACCCUGGUGCACAGCUCCUUCAAGCCAGUGAACAACGCCGACUUCAUCAUCCCUGUGGAGAUUGAUGGGGUAGUCCACCAGGUCUACGUGCUGAAGAGGCCCCAUGUGGAUGAGUUCCUGCAGCGAAUGGGCGAGCUCUUUGAGUGCGUGCUGUUCACCGCCAGCCUUGCCAAGUAUGCAGACCCAGUAGCCGAUCUGCUGGACAAGUGGGGGGCCUUCCGGGCGCGGCUGUUUCGUGAGUCCUGCGUCUUCCAUCGGGGGAAUUAUGUGAAGGACCUGAGCCGGCUGGGCCGAGACCUGCGACGGGUGCUCAUCCUGGACAACUCGCCCGCCUCCUACGUCUUCCAUCCAGACAACGCCGUACCGGUGGCCUCCUGGUUUGACAACAUGAGUGACACGGAGCUCCACGACCUUCUGCCCUUCUUCGAGCAGCUCAGCCGCGUGGAUGACGUGUACUCAGUGCUCAGGCAGCCACGGCCAGGCAGCUAGUGAGGUGCCCUGGGGCCACGACCGGCCCCUGACCAAGGCCCACACCCCUCCCACGUGGACUUGUCCUUAUGAAAACCCAGCAGCGGUGGCCCACUUCAGCCCUCAGUGGCUUGGGGAAGUGGGCCCUCUCCGCCUGCCCGGCCAGGCUGCACCAAGAGCAAUGAGCCUCUGG